UGGUUUCUUGGGCUGGAUGGGAGAAUUGUACUUUCAGGGUUGCAAGAAUCUGUUAAUGUGGCUUUACAAUAAAGUAAUAUUAGCUUGUCUGGUUGUGUUUCCUCUCUGCUCUACUUAGUAAGGCUGACAUACUGUAAGUGCGAUUUAACCUUCAUUUUCACUGGCAAAACAAUGUGCCUGACAGCUUUGCCACUGACUGUUAUGGAAGUUUCCAGUACUCAUUGCAGGUCUAUUAAGCCUCAGCUGCCCAUUCACCCCAUUUCACUACGUGUCCUUCACUGAAUCUAGAGCAGCACUUAGCAAAGGAUGUUGUGCUCGAGAAAAAGGAUGUAAAAGGUACACACUUUGUAAUUCCUCGUCCUUUUUGCAGCCUUCCCAGAAGCUGUUCUAUGUGGCUGACAAGGCAGGACAAAAGAAUUGGAGGGGAAGGGGGAACCACCAAAGAUUGCCUCCCAGCCUCCUUUACCCUGUACUACUCCAAAUCCUGGGGAUUUUGGUGACUAGAAGGAGCUCUUCCAUUCAUGGAGUGGCCAUCCUGGGUCCAACUCCGUGUGCUUUAUGUGUUUCCCUCCUCUCAGGAUUACUAGUUUGCUGGUUGAUUUCUUUGCUCACUUACUUUUUUGUGUCUUAGGGAAACCGAUGUGGUCUUGAAAUAUUUGAGGGAAGAAUGUAAUGUGAAGAAGAUAGGUGUCAUUGGAUUUUGUUGGGGCGGAGCCGCUGUACAUCAUCUGAUGUUGAAAUAUUGCAUAUUUAGCGCAGGCGUAUCCAUCUACGGAGUUAUCACAUUAAUGGAGAACAAUUUCAACCUGAAUAAUCCCACAUUUUUCAUUGUUGCAGAGAAGGAUGAGUUCAUUCCUCUUGACCAAGUUAUUGAGCUAACUAGGAAGCUGGAAGUGGAAUGCAAAGUUGAUUUUGAAGUGAAAAUAUAUCCUGGGCAGACUCAUGGCUUUGUACAUCGCAAGAGAGAAGACAUUAAUCCUCAAGAUAAACCUUACAUUGAAGAAGCAAGGAAGGACAUGCUGUGUUGGCUGCGCAAAUAUAUCUAGCAAUCUGUGCAAUCUAUGAAAAUAUCAGAGAGAGAGAGAGAGAGAGAGAAAGAUUUCAUUAGUGGAAAAAAAAGAAUGCAAGACAUAAGCUUUGAUUACUUAAAUGCAUAAUUUUCUCUGCUAUGAGCAAAUGUAUAUAGCAAUAAGGAGGCUCAGCUGCUGCUCGGAACAAUCUCUUCCCCCAGACCGCAUACCCACCAGCAUCGGACUAGGAAUGGAAACGUGGUUCUUUGUUCUGACACGCAAACUUGUUUAUUCCUUCCUUUCCAGUACCAGACUCUCUCCCAAACCUCAAAAGCAUUAUGAUGGUGCUUUUCAGGAAAGAAGUGACGUUUUGUCUGUGUUUGUUGCAGGGGAAGACUUAUUAGCUAUUUCCCUCUCUGGAAAUAUGAUGCCUGCCAGGUUAUGAGACAGACUUUCACAGCAAAUAGCAAAUUGCAUUGCAGUUAAAAAAAAGUAGGUGAAGUAGUAAAGUAUCAGUACUCAGUCACUCGACUGUGAGAAAGUAGUGAAAGUAGUCUUCUCUAAGCCCAACCCAAGAAAUACAUCCAAUUUUUGAACAAGAGGGAACUGGGGCUGGCGCCCUAUAAGUCUUUUCUAUUCCAGCAUUCCUAAUUCUUAGGUAUUUCCCUGUCUGGAAAUAUAAUACCUGCCAAUUUAUGAGACAGGCUUUCACAGCAAAAAGCAAACUGCGUUGCAGU